GAGAAAGAUUACGCGCAGCUCUGUUGAACCGGAGUUGGCAGGAGUGUUGCGCGGGAUGCGUGCAUAUAUCACAUGGAAACUAUAUAAACCCUUGCUAAGCCUUCGCUGCCUAGAUUGUAUAGAGUGCUGCUGUUCUCAAUCUAGAAUUUCUCUGGCUCUUUCGAGGUGUACGCUUUGCUAUCAUUGACGCAUAAGAAUUCAAACUCUCGCGCAUCAUGGCUGUCAAAGUGUUUGUGACUGGCGUUACCGGAUACGUCGGAGGCACCGUCUUUGACUACGUCUACAACGCCCACAAAGACUACGAAUACACCGUUCUCGUUCGCGACGAAGCACGUGCCCAGCUGGUAAAGGCGAAAUACCCAACCGUCGAAGUUGCCUCUGGCGCUCUCGAGGAUACCGAUGUCAUUGAGAAGGCCGCUGCGGAGGCAGAUAUCGUUAUCCACACCGCAGACUCCUCGGAUCACGCCAUUAGUGCUCGCGCGAUUGCCAAGGGCCUGAAGGACGGCCACACAGCGGAAAAGCCUGGAUACUGGUUACACCUGUCUGGCACAGCCAUCCUGACCUGGUACGACCAAGUCAACAACAGGGCAGGAGAAGGCCCCCAUCCCGAGUAUAUUUACAACGAUCUCGACGGUGUCGACCGCAUGUUGAGCUUUCCCGACGACGGAAUCCAUAGAGACGUUGAUAAGAUUAUCCAAGGUGCUGCUUCUGAUGCAGUCAAGCCCACAAUCAUCUGCCCGCCCCUCAUCUACGGCAAGGGAUCUGGUGUUGGCAACCAGACAAGCGUCCAGCUACCAUAUCUCAUAGAGGCGGGUCUCUCCGACGGAUACGUGCCCGUGGUAAAGCCUGGGAAGACCGAGUGGGACCACGUCGACGUCCACAGCCUAGCAGACUUGUAUGUCAAGCUGGUCGAUGCGACCCAAGACCCCUCGAAGAACAGCAACCCGGAGAUCUUCGGCAUCAGAGGCUUCUUCUUUGCCGCCAGUGGCACACAUUCCUUUUUACAGCUUGCAGAGAAGGUUGUGUCAGAAAUAAAAAAGCAAGGCUAUAGCAACAAGGUGACGGUCAAGCAGUACAGUCUUGCCGAGCUGAGAGAGCUCAAGGGAGACAACCUCAUAAUUAGCACGUAUGCGUUCAGCUCGCGGGGAGAGGCGCAGAGGGCCAAGAAGUAUCUCGGCUGGGAGCCCAAGGGCAUGUCUCUAGCGGAGGGUGUCACGGAGACGGUGGACAUCCUGGCAAAGGCCAAGGGGCUGUAAAAGCUGCCCUCAUCUGGCUGUCCUGAGGCACAAGACAGCAGUGAGAGUCUGGAAGAAGGAUCUGGCGCGCAUAGCUUCACCACCGCACUGUCCCUUCAAUAGUCACGUAAUCUAAUAUCAAUCGGGAAUGUCAACUGUUUACAUCGUGCACUCCG